AGCCUUUUUUGGCCCGAGGUACUUUUUUAUAACUGGGCGUUAACAGCUCCCACCACCUUCCCAAUCAAUCCGAACUCCCUUCUUCAACCAAGAAACAAUGGCGCACUCCAGCAUCGCCGCGUUCGUGGCCGCCUUCGUCGCUGGACUGGUGGUCUGCCAGCUGGGCAAUGCCUUCGUGGCGGCGCCUCUCGGCCAGCGUGGGCUUGAUGGCCACACGGAGCCGACCACGGUGUCCGCGGCGCCUGGCGCGGCGCCCGCGUCUCAGUCGGUGGCGCCCGUCGGAGUCGGCCUGACAAUGAUCGGGGCGUCCGUGGCCCUCGCCCUGCUCACCAGGGGUGCGCUGUCCAACGCCGCCAGGAAGGCGCGACCGCAGGGUCCCGCGCAGCACAGAGUAGUGAUGGCGGCUUUCGAGAGCGAGCUGGGCGUGCAGGACCCCGUGGGCUUUUGGGACCCUGCUGGGUUCACAGCGGAUGGUAGCACGGCGAAUUUCGCCAGGAGGCGCCAGACAGAGCUCAACACGGCCGCGUGAGCAUGCUGGCGACCAUGGGCUACAUCACGCCCGAAAUCACCGGCAAGCUGCCAGGCUACCUGUCGCCUUCGGCUGGCCUGAAGUUCGCGGACAUCCCGAACGGGCUCGGCGCGAUCUCCAAGGUUCCCGCAGCGGGCUGGGCGCAGAUCGUGGCGUACGGCGCGUUCUGCGAGCUGUCCCAGGACCAAUCCGCUGGAACCGCUGCCGCGGCCGGCAACUUCGGCUUCAAGGUGCUUACGUCCAGCAACCCCGCGGAGAAGCAGAAGAAGCUUGCGGCGGAGAUCGCGAACGGUCGCCUUGCCAUGAUGGCCAUCAUCGGCAUGUUCUUCCAGGACGGUCUGACUGGCUCCGCCUGGGGCGACUGGGCGCUCUACACGGGAUCCCCUCUGCGCGCGUUCGAGAGCGAGCUAGGCGUUCAGGACCCGGUGGGCUUCUGGGACCCUGCUGGGUUCACGGCGGAUGGUAGCACGGCGAACUUCGCCAGGAGGCGCCAGACAGAGCUGAAGCACGGCCGCGUGAGCAUGCUGGCGACCAUGGGCUACAUCACGCCGGAAAUCACCGGCAAGCUGCCAGGCUACCUGUCGCCUUCGGCUGGCCUGAAGUUCGCGGACAUCCCGAACGGGCUCGGCGCGAUCUCCAAGGUUCCCGCGGCGGGCUGGGCGCAGAUCGUGGCGUACGGCGCGUUCUGCGAGCUGUCCCAGGACCAGUCUGCUGGCACCGCUGCCGCGGCCGGCGACUUCGGCUUCAAGGUGCUUACGUCCAGCGACCCCGCGGAGAAGCAGAAGAAGCUUUCGGCGGAGAUCGCGAACGGUCGCCUGGCCAUGAUGGCCAUCAUCGGCAUGUUCUUCCAGGACGGUCUGACUGGCUCCGCCUGGGGCGACUGGGCGCUCUACACGGGAUCCCCUCUGCGCGCGUUCGAGAGCGAGCUUGGCGUUCAGGCCCCGGUUGGAUUCUUUGACCCGCUGGGGCUGACCAAGGACGGCGACACCACCACGUUCCUGCGCCGCCGCAAUACCGAGAUCAAGCACGGGCGCGUCGCCAUGUGGGCCUGCAUUGGGUACAUCGUGCCCGAGUACUUCCGGUGGCCGGGCUUCUGCUCGCCGUCGGCUGGUGUCUCCUUCGCAGACGUGCCGAACGGCCUGGCGGCACUGUCCAAGGUGCCUGCCUUCGGCUGGUGCCAGAUCAUCGCCUUCUGCGGUUCCUUGGAGAAGAACGUGUUCGUGUACGACCCCCGCCGUGGCCCCGGCGACUUCGACACCGCUGGCGCGCUGGGCGUGCCUGGGGCAAAGGGCAUGGACGACCCCGAGGCGCGGAAGAAGAAGCUCAACGCCGAGAUCGCAAACGGCCGCCUCGCAAUGAUGGCCGUCAUCGGCAUGUUCUACCAGGACGGCCUCACUGGCUCCGCCUGGGGCGACUGGGCCCUCUACACCGACUCGCCCCUGCGGGCCUACGAGAACGAGCUAGGCGUGCAGGCGCCGGUCGGCUUCUGGGACCCCGCAGGGUACUGCGUGGACGGCUCCGCUGCCGACUUCACGAGGCGCCGCGUUACGGAGAUCAAGCACGGCCGCGUGGCGAUGUGGGCUUGCAUGGGGUACAUCGUCCCCGAGUACUUCAAGUGGCCGGGGUUCCUGUCGCCGACCGCUGGCAUCAAGUUCGCGGACGUGCCGAAUGGCCUGGGAGCCCUCUCGAAGGUGCCAGCUUACGGCUGGGUCCAGAUGAUCGCCUUCGCCGGCGCCCUCGACACUGGCUUCUUCGUGUACGACGAAUCCCGCGAGCCCGGCGACUAUGCCAAUGGAGGCGUCUUGGGCGUCCCGAACGCCAGCGGCCCGAUGGAGGACAAGGAUGCUCGCAAGACGAAGCUCAACGCGGAGCUUGCGAACGGUCGGCUGGCUAUGAUGGCCAUCAUCGGCAUGUUCUUUCAGGACGGCCUUACCGGCAGCGCCUGGGGCGACUGGGAGCUGUACACUGCUUCCCCGCUCCGCUGAGCGUGCGCGCGCGCAGCCUCGGCGUUCUUACCGCGCACUGGGGCCAACGACAAAACUGGAGCAGCCCCACCCUCUUCCCCCCCGCCUUCUCUUCGCGGGGCUGUUGCGUCAAACACCCCGCCUCACUACUGAUCGCGGUUUCCCAGGUGAGUUCACAUUUCAUAGCUUGCGCCAUAUGUUGCAGCAAGCACCUAUUCGGGCCCCCAAAUUGCGGCGUCCAUGGUCCGAUUUUACCUUUCACUGGUUACGCCAGAGGUUGCAGCAAACACCCAUUCGAGAGCCAGAGUUGUUACGCCCAUGUGGAGUCUCCCCCCCGUGAGUUGCGCUUCGGGCCACCAUCACGACGCUCAUUUUGAAGUUUGCCUUCCAUUUACGUCUUGCUCCAGCAGUAGCACCGCAUAGUUAGCGGUGGACAUCCUCUUCGGCAGCCAAGUCGAGACGGCAGCCCCUGCACAUUACAUCCAGG